GGCGAUAUUAGUAUGCUAUUUGUGUAGUCAAAAACUGGUGAUAGCCAAUAAUGUGGAGCACAAUGGAAUUUGCCCGUCGGGAAAGCAGCCGGGGUGUUCAUGUUCUAGAUCGGGAGCUGCACGCUACUAUCUAUAUUCUUGCAUAACUGCUUGCACUGUGUAAGCAAGGGAUGUGCAACGUCCAUGAUUAUGUCGAUGAGGUAAGUCUACACAGUACCAAUGAACAGCUGAGACCAGUUGUACACAGUAAGUACAGAGAUACAAAAUUCACUUGCAGCUGCGCACAGCGCGCAAGGGGAACCCUUACCGACGGGCCCAGCUCCACGGGGAAAGUCAUAAUUGCAUCACCGGGGAACGCUAUCGGAGGAGCUCCCACUGCGGAGGAGAGGUUGUUCAUCCCAUCAUCGGCAUUUUGUAGGGGGUCAAUUGGUGAGGAAAUUUGACAGUGGGGCAUCUGCUCAGUUAGAUAUAUUUAGGAUGUCACAGAUUAUCUUUAACG